AUGACCCGUAGCCAGUCGGGAGGUUUACUGCCGUUGAAUCCAGAGAUUGACCGCACCUGUCGCCAACUCAGGAGACAACAGCGAGCUAGACUGGCUACGGAAGAGCGCAUAGACGGCCACCUGAGCAGCGAUUCUGAGGAAGAGCACGGGAUGGACAGAGAAUACAAUCCACACCAAGGGAAUCCUCAGCAAGCUCCCCCGGGGAAUCAGGUCCUGGGGAACAACCCCAUACCCCAGGAUCAUGGGGUUCAUCAUCCACCGCCGCCGGGUCCCACCUUGGAGUACUACUACACUCCACGGAUUGCUGACAUCCGCCCGGUCAUCCUCUACCCGCAUAUCCUAGCAAAUAACUUCGAGAUCAAGCCAUGCUGGAUUCAGCUCAUUACAUCCUCUAUCCAGUUCCAUGUCUUGAAGGAUGAGGAGGCCAGGGUACAUCUUUCCCGUUUUCUGCAGCUGCCGAACGGGUUCAAGCUGAAUGGUGUCCCCGAUGAUGCAAUGCGCCUUCACCUGUUCCCUCAUUCUCUGGCGGGGAAUGCUAAGAGGUGGUUGGAGACCCAUCCCCCAUUGUCCAUCACCUCUUGGGACGAUCUGGUUGACAAAUUCGUGCACAGGUACUAUCCGGCAUCGAAGACUACAGAGAUUCAGCGAGAGAUCACUCACUUCCGCCAAGAGCCAGAUGAGUCACUUCGUGAUGCAUGGGAGCGAUACAUGGGAUAUUUCUGGCAGUAUCCCCAUCAUGGCUUCAGUGAUGCAUUCACAGUGGGGAACUUCUACAGUGCUCUCUCUCCAGAUAGCCAGAGGGUGAUUGAGUCUCUAUGCCCAGGAGGGGAUAUUCUUACUAAGACUCCACCCGAGCUGAACCAGAUGAUCAGUACUUUGGCUGCCAGAGAUCAUUCUUGGGGACAGGGUAGCCGAGGCAGACAGUCCCUGGACCGUGGUGUGCACGCCAUGGAGACCAGAUCCGGGCUCGAGCAGCAGGUAGCUGAGCUAGUGCAGAUAUUGAAGCAGCCCAACAGUCUUAUUUCGGGCAGAGGUUUGGCUACACCUCCAGUAGCUCAAUGUCAGUGGUGCGAGAGCUCCAAUCACCUAGUGGAGGACUGCCAGGCUAUGAGGGAGUCUACCACUCCCCAAGAGCAGUUGGACUUCAUCGCCAAUGCUCGGCGCCUCGACCCUUACAGCAACACAUAUAAUGAGGGGUGGCGCCAGCAUCCCAACGUCGCCUGGAGCAGCAACACCACUAAACCACCUGGUUUCCCAGCACCAACAGGUGGUUUUCAGCAGUGUCAACCCUUCCAGGCUCGACAGGCAGCAGCCCUACCAGCCUAG